GUCUAACCCUUGCCCAUGCUUGCUGUUGCUGAAUCAUCCCUCGAGUGCUCAAUUAUCGGUUCGAGCUCAUUAUCGGUUCGAUCGAGUCGUUGCUUUGAGCUCUCAAAAAGAAGAAAAAAAAAGGUAAAUACACAAGUAGACGGCAAAACCUUAAAUCCCAUUUGCUCCUAUUCUCCUUGAUCCAUUGAAUCUGGAACGUUUGAGAUUUGUGUUUAAGAAAGAUGGGGAAGUUGGGAAAGAAGGCGAGGAAGUUUGCACGCAAGAAGCUUCAAUCUGUUCAGAGGAUGAAGCGCAAGAAGAAUUCCUUUUUCAAAAGAAAAGCCCCUUCUCACAAAAAUCUGGGGGCAACUGAGGAUUCUGAGCUGCUAGAGAAACCAACUGUAGGGCAGUUGAGUGGGAUUGCAAAUGAUGAAGUCAUCCUCAACAAUUUUCUUGAUACUUCAUCUGAUGAAGGCACAGAUGAGUUAGUCGAAGAUUCUUCUGAUAGUGAUGGAUUUCUUUCAGAGGAUUCUGAAUGCCCAUACAUUUCUGACAAGGAAGAUGAGAACAUUUUUGGAGACAAAUGUGAUCAUUCUGCUUUGGUUGAACAAAAUAAGCAACUUGCAGCAGAGAUAGAGCAACACAAGAAAAAAUUGGAGAGGCUGCUGAAAAAGGAUCCAAAGUUUUCAGAAUAUCUAGUUAAACAAAAAGCCCUCCUCGAGAAAUCGAGAAGAGAAGAAAAUUCUUCUGAUGAGGAAGAGGGCCUGCAUUCUCCUGUUGAAGAUACAAUUGAAGGAAAAAAUGAAGAAAAACCCUUAUCAAGUUCUACUGUAGAUGUUUGGUGUUGGAUGGUAUUGGAACAGCCAAAGGGGCCUGCACUUCGUAACUUGUUGAACGGCUUUCACGCUGCAUGUCAAUAUGGGAUUGAAACGAGUGGAGUUUCUUCCCAAAAGGUUUCAAGUAGAGAGGCUUUCUCAAAAAUAGUGACAUUUGUUCUUCUUGAAGCAGAUGGGAUCUUUUGUCAAUUUCUGGGAUUGUCAGGUCCAACCAACAAAGAAGGCAGUUUGAAUUUUAGAAAUAAGUCUGAGUGGGAAAGUCUGAGGCCUCUAGUAAAGUGUUAUCUUCGCAGUUCCUUAAUUCUUAUCAACCAAGUAACUGACCGGGAAAUACUCAUCUUUGCAUUAACUAGGCUAAGAUCUUCUCUCAAGUUCUUUUCUGAUUUUCCUUCUCUAUCGGGGAGGCUAACAAAGAUUUCAGUGCAUUUAUGGAUUUCUGGUGAUGAGAAAAUAUCUUUAGCUUCAUUUAUGAUAUUACGAGAUAUUUCCUCAAAUCUAUCAUCUGACUGGGUUGAUGUUUGCUUGAAGAAUAUGUACAAAGCUUUUCUUAGACAUUGCAAGUCUGUUGAACCUGACAACUUGAAGCAUAUAAAAUUUCUCGUAGACUCGAUUGUACAAGUUUACUCUUUGGAGAUCCAAAGGUCAUACCCAAAUGUACAGUCUUCUGUGCAGCAAUUGGCGAAUGUCUUGAAGCAGGCUAUUAAAAUGAAGAAAAAGGAAGAUCUCAAGAAAAUAUCCUGUUGGCAAUACAUUCUCUGUACCAACCUCUGGGUUGAAUUUAUCUCAUGUAAUGCAAGAAAUCAUGACCUUCAGCAAGUGCUUUUCAUGUUGAUUAAUAUCAUAAGAGGAAUUUCCCACUUAUUUCCUGGUCCACGUUAUGUGCCUUUGCGGUUGAAGUGUGUACAAAUGCUUAAUCGUCUUUCACUUUCAUGUGGAGUGUUCAUUCCUGUUGCAUGCAUGGUGUUUGAUUGUCUAGAACAAAAAACAAGUGGCAGUACUGGAACAAGGACAAAAAGUGUGAAACUCUCCUCAUUAUUGAAGGUGCCCAAACAUUUGUUGAAAUCAGAAGCCUUCCAAGAGGAGUGUGUUCUUUCUGUCAUUGAGAUCCUUUCUGCUCAUUUUUCUCAAUGGAAACAUCAUGUAUCAUUUCCUGAUCUAGCAACCAUUCCUCUAAUUUUAUUGAAAAAGUUCCACGUUAAAGCGCCAAGUGAGAGCCUUCGACGCCCUGUCAAGCGAUUGAUCGAUCAGGUUGAGCGGAACAUUGAAUUUGUUGCCAAGAAAAGAGAUGAGGUUUCAUUUUCACCCAAUGAUCAGGCAUCAGUUGAAGCCUUCCUACAGCUUGAAAGUGGUGCCAAUACUCCUUUUGCUCAAUACUACGUGAGCAUAUCGAAGAAUUCACAUUCUAGAACAAUGAUUGGAGGAUAAAAUCAACGUAAGAAGCCCGUCAUGUUUGCAGAAAUCGAUGUUUAAGAUAUUUAGUUUGGUGUCACGAACUUGUUUUAGUACUGGUAUCACAGUGCUCGACGAGAGGAGAAACUGUUCAAAUCUUGAGUCUUUACUUAUGCUUAUAUGUCUCGAAGAUCGGUUAGAUGAUAAAGAUAUGAAUUCGAACCAGAGUACUUUGCAACAACUCAUUCAAUUAUGGCGAACGAAGAGUUCGUUGUUGGAUCCAAUUGAUGCAGUGGGCAAAUAAUUGAACCAAGACCAUUGAACUGGGUUGAAUAUUUACUCAACUUUCUACUUACAAUGUAAUUUUAUAAUUUAUUAAAAUUUUCAAAAUUUUGUAAUGCACUGCAAUUAUUAUUUUUUACUGUUAGGUUUUA